GGAGGGAGGAGGAGGUGAGGGGGAGGGGGAGAGGCGGUAAAAUGGCGGCCACCUUCCCCGGCGUUAGGCUCGUGUCCAUCGCGGAGCAGAACGGAGAGAUGCAGCGGCAUCAGGAGCAGCAGCCGCUCCGCCUGGAGCUGCGCUCCGCCCCGGACAGCGCGUGUCUCAGCCUUCACAGCAACGACUCCGUGUGUGUGUUUAAGUGCGGUGUGAGCAAGGACACAGAAUGCAGUCGUGUGGGGAAGCAAUCUUUCAUCAUCACGCUGGGGUUCAGCAGUAUUCUCCUGCAGUUUCCCUCCCAGAACGAUUUCUGCUCCUUUUAUAAUAUCCUGAAAAACAACCGGAAUCACAACGCAGAGAGGUCGGUGUUCAGUGAGCGCACGGAGGAGUCGUCAGCUGUGCAGUAUUUCCAGUUCUAUGGCUAUUUGUCCCAACAACAGAACAUGAUGCAGGACUAUAUACGGACAGGCACCUACCAGAGGGCAAUACUACAAAACCACGCGGACUUCAAAGAUAAGGUUGUGCUAGAUGUGGGCUGUGGCUCUGGGAUCUUGUCGUUCUUCGCGGUGCAGGCCGGAGCCAGGAAGGUGUAUGCAGUGGAAGCCAGCUCCAUGGCUCAGCACGCUGAGCUUCUAGUGAAGAGCAAUAACCUGGGGGACCGGAUCCUGGUGAUCCCGGGGAAAGUAGAGGAAGUGAAUAUUCCCGAGCCAGUGGAUAUGAUCAUCUCGGAGCCCAUGGGCUACAUGCUGUUCAAUGAGCGGAUGCUGGAGAGCUACCUCCACGCCAAGAAAUGGCUCAAACCCAACGGGAACAUGUUUCCGACUCUUGGUGACGUCCAUCUUGCCCCCUUCACAGACGAGCAGCUUUACAUGGAGCAGUUCACAAAAGCUAACUUCUGGUACCAGCCCUCUUUUCACGGGGUGGAUUUAUCAGCUUUGCGAGGCGCUGCCGUCGACGAGUACUUCAAGCAGCCGGUUGUGGACACAUUUGACAUCCGGAUUCUUAUGGCCAAGUCGGUGAAGUACACAGUGAACUUUCUAGAAGCCAAAGAGAAUGAUUUGCACCGGAUAGAAAUUCCAUUCAAAUUCCACAUGUUACAUUCAGGGUUAGUCCACGGUUUGGCAUUCUGGUUUGAUGUGGCCUUCGUUGGAUCCCUAGUGACUGUGUGGCUCUCGACUGCUCCAACAGAACCGUUGACCCAUUGGUACCAAGUGCGCUGUUUGCUUCAGUCGCCGCUCUUCACCAAAGCGGGAGACACGCUGUCCGGGACAGUGGUGCUGAACGCCAACAAGAGGCAGAGCUAUGACAUUAGUAUUGUGGCCCAGGUAGACCAGACCGGCUCCAAGUCCAGUAACCUGCUCGACCUCAAGAACCCUUUCUUCCGGUACACGGGAGCCACACCCCUCCCUCCCCCGGGGUCACAUUACACGUCUCCGUCAGAGAACAUGUGGAACACGCCUUCCUCAUACAACCUCAGUUCGGGCAUGCCAGUCUCCGGUGUCCCCACGGCCUAUGACCUGAGUGGAGUUAUUGGUGCGGGUUCAGCCGUUAGCCACAACAACCUUAUCCCACUGGCUAACACUGGGAUAGUGAAUCACACUCACUCAAGACUGGGAUCCAUAAUGAGCACAGGAUUUAUACAGGGUUCUUCAAACACUGGCGGCAUGAUUGCUGGCAGUAGCCAUUACCCGAUCCACAGCCAGUUCACCAUGGGCGGUCCAGCCAUCUCCAUGGCUUCCCCAAUGUCCAUUUCCACCAACACAAUGCACUAUGGCAGCUAAGAACCAAGACAACGCAACACCUCAGACCUUUGAACUGAUAUAAACAGAGAAACCAAAUGCAAUUCGCUCUCCUCAAAUUUCAUCGUCGUGGAUUCAGCUCAGUCGAAGAGGGUCUCUCUCUCUCCUUUUUUUUCUUUAUUGGGUUUUUAAACCACGGAUGGAACCGUGCGGAUUCUUUGAUACCAGUCUUGUAAAGUUUUGUAGGAAAGGAAAAAAAAUCUUCAAAAAAAACCAACAAAAACAACACGCGCGCAAACAAAAACCCUAUUAAUCCUGCGACUAGGAACAGCGAGUCAGUCAGUCAGUCAGACAGACAGACACUGGCCGCCACACUGCAACACUUUGUAUAUAUAAAAAAAACUCUUUGUUAAUUCCUGACGUUAGCAAACCUUCCCCAAUGGCCUCAGACCCCAUUGCCUUCCCCCAACCCCACACUGUGUGAUUUUUGGCUAACGUUGGGUGACAGAUGCCAAGUGCUAAAAACCUGCAUGUUUUGCUGUGAGUCAGGGCGAGGACGGGGCCGGGUUUCAGCUCAAGCCUGGUGUAAAGUGUCGGGAAUCCUCUCAGAUGCUCGUGAAUUCUAUCGUCGGGGCCUCGCCACCUGUGACGAAAGGACUGAUUUCACAGCUUCUGUUUUCUUUUGAGUCUUGCAAGAAAUCCUCACGAGCUGCGGGAAUCGUUCACUGCUGCUUAAUGGACUGUACACAGACCGUCACAUCACGUCACCUCCCUGACUGGGAAUGUGAGAGGGAUCGAGUAACGCUGCAGCUUUUACGUUGGACACAAUCAUUUAUAACGCUACAUCCCUGCUCGCCGGGCUGCCUCUGUGAGAUGACCAUCCCCUCGUACACUGCAGGGAGCAGGCUCUGGUCUCGGUGACUUGAUGAUCCAACACUGAAUGAAGCUCACUCUUUGGUGACCAGUGUUUGGAUCAUUCCCUCCUUUAGUUCCGUCCAGGAAAGCUGGGCAGCGAGGUUUGAGGCUGUGCAGGAAGGGGCUGUGCGGUGGUGGUUUUAGGGAGAUUGGUGGGAUAUUUUAUUUGUGAGUCCCCACCUCCCCCUCCAGCCAGAUUGUUCCCAUCCCCUCCCUACCCUGGGGAUUGGGGGAGGAAGAUAUGUAACCACAGACUCGCCAAUGAAAAUAUGAAUUGAUUGUGGGGGGGAGGGGGGGGGUCAGGUCAGGGGGGAUCAUUGCUGCUGUCGUGCGAGACCUUUUCUCCCCAAGCACAAAGCAGUGACCGAGUGACGUGGGGAUGUAAUAACGCUGCUUGUUAACGCAUCUCUCGGUGUUGCAUUAGAGCCAGCCUUGAUGUUAGAUAGCGAAGCUGUGCAGGUCUUUCUGAGGGUAAUAGAGGCAAUGAUCUUGGAACAAAGGAAUCCAGUUUCACCUCACGUUAGCGUUGGUAGCCGAUUGAAAAGCAUGGCUUGGCCUGGGAUGCGUUGCACCCAGUCAUUAAUGUGAUUGAUGACUGUUAAUUUCUCGAGAGCAGCAAGAUGUUGUCACUGCACCGUGAAAAUUCUGCUGUUGAAGCAUAUAUUUGCCUGAAGAGCAAUCUGCCCCUUAGCGGAGUGUCCUGGAGUCGGGGGCUGAGAUUAACGAACAAAAUACUUUUCAGUUUUACCCUAGGCAGCCUCGGGGAGAGGGCAAAGGAGGUUCUGAAUUUGGGGAAUAUUUAGCUACUGUACUCAAGGUCCCCAUUCAAGGUCUCCAAUCUCGGGAGUCAUUCACCACCUGCAAGUGACUUCUUUGUGGCCGUGUCUCUCCUUGGACUAUGUGAAGUGCUAACGUGUUUGUCGCUCCUUCAGUUUUCCACUCAGAACCUCAGCUUUGCUCGUUUUUGAGCCAGUUUCUGGGUGGGAUGGUGGUCAAGUGGCUCAACCAUCGCCACAUUGCCUGUGAUGCUGAGCUCAAGGUGAUGAAGUUAUUUUCAAGUGUGAAAGAGAAGCAUUCAUAAGCCGUCAGCCUUGAUGUCCCCUCAGAGUGCUGCCAAGCAAAGCUCGCGAUAUCUUCUAUAGCUGUUGUUUUGUUGGGAGUGAGCGACACUCAAAUAUGUCCGCAGUAACCCUGCAAGCCAAAGCCCUAAAGAGUAGGUAGGGUGGUCUAAACUGGACAAGCAGAGGCAAACUUGUGGAAGCGCUCUCAAUGAUGAGCUAUGCAGUUUGGGCUGGUUAGACUCCAGUUACCCCGACUCACACUCUGGUUAGUAAACAGGUUAGUCUCCCCUCCAGGGAGGGAGGGAGAGUGUGAGCAUCCCAUUCCAGACUUGGGGGAUGUUUCCGUGUGUAAGCAGCAAACAUAAGUGGAACUCUUGUCUGGUUUGGAUACUCGAAAGCCUGGUGGUGGGUAUCUGCAUGUGUCUGACACUUGGCUGACCAGAACAAAGCUUUUGCUGCACACACUCACACAGCAGUGUGUGUAUGGCAGUGUUUAUACUCGCUUUGCACUCGAAAUAGAAUUCCUGCUUCACAAAUGAGGCUCGUUGCUGACCCUGAACUCUUCUGGUUUAAUCCAUUUACAGCUCUCCUGAUCCCAGCCGUGUAGAGGUAUCUACCAACCUGUAGGUUGGCAGCAUUUUAGACUAUUUGUGUAAUCUAGAAAUGUCUGUAGAAUCGGUAGGUAUUUGUUCAUCUGUUUUGUGAGUGGAUUUAUUAUGCGAGAGACAUGAGUGUUCAUUAGAAACCAUGGUAGAGAAUCAUAAUCCUGUAAUACAUGAAUUAUUGAAUAAAACACUAAUAGUACAUA